AUGGCUCCCGUCCUGCCCUCGCCGAACAACCUGGAUAGGCGGAAGAUCGUUGGCAUUGGCUCCGAAACCGUCACUAAUAUCACCUCGACCGACUUCCCCGGCCAUCAUGCUGGUGAAGACCAUUCAUGGUCUCUCCCCAAGUUCAGGAAGCUCCUGAAAGUCAUCUUUCACCAGAACCAAAAAGAUGAAGCUACCUUCUCUCUCGUCGGCGUCGACGCCUCCCUCGCGAAUGCCUUCCGCCGCAUUCUCCUCGCCGAAAUCCCGACCUUAGCCAUCGAAAUGGUCUACGUCCAAAAUAACACCUCUGUCAUCGCAGACGAAGUCCUCGCUCACCGGCUAGGUCUCAUCCCUUUGAAAGGCAGUAUUGAGGGUCUAAAAUGGCUAAAGUGGUUCAUCGAACCCAACCCCGAACUCGGUCUUGACGGCAAUCAGCGAACCGACUAUAACACCGUCGUCUUAGAGUUGAAGGUCAAGUGCGAACGAAACCCCGACGCCGACAAGAAGGCCACCGAGCCAGAGGAAAAGUACAUCAAUAGCAGCGUCUAUUCACGGCACAUCAAAUGGAUCGUCCAAGGUCAACAGAAAGCUCGUUUCGCCGAUGGACCGAUAGAGCCUGUCAGUCCCGACAUCCUGAUCGCAAAAUUACGACCCGGUCAAGAGCUCGACAUGAUCAUGCAUGCACAUCUGGGGAAAGGAAGUGAUCAUGCCAAAUUCAGCCCUGUCGCAACCGCAACAUACCGACUCCUCCCCACCAUCACUAUCACCCAGCCCAUCCUUGGCGCCGACGCGAGGAAAUUUCAAAAAUGCUUCCCACCAGGCGUUAUUGAUCUUGAACGCGUGACGCCAUCGGACGCCUCGUCCGGCAAUUCCGCCUACCACGGCCGUGAAGGUGACGAGAAAGCUGUCGUGAAAGAUCCCAUGCGAGAUACCGUGUCGCGAGAAUGUCUCCGACACGACGAAUUCAAGGACAAAGUCAAGCUGGGACGAGUGCAGGAUCACUUCAUCUUCAACGUCGAGAGUACAGGCCAGUUUCCUAGUGACAUGCUGUUCUUGGAGAGCGUUAAUGUGUUGAAGUUCAAGGCCAUGAGGCUGCUUCGGGCUCUAGAUGAGAUGGAAAAAUAA